GCUUAACGCAGCUACUACCGUCUAGGGUUUCUUCUGCUUUCCCAAAAACCCCACCAGGCCAUCAGUCUCCUGCACAGAGCUCAACAUCUCUCAAAAUUCCCAUCUAGUCCCUUUUCCUUCGAAUCCAGCUAUUGAGAAACUGCACCAGCUGAAUAAUAUUUUCAACUGUAAUGCUUCGUCAAUUCGGGAGCGAGAGGGAUUGAGAGGGAAAGUAUUAACAUAUGGGGAAGUCUGGAGGGAGGAAAAAGAAAGGCGGUGCUUCAAAUCAAGUAUUGGGUGAUAUCUCAACAGGCCCAAAACCUAAUGGUACUGUUGAUUUCGAUUCUUCAAUUACUUUGAAGAGAGCUCAUGAGCUCAAAGAGGAAGGGAACAAGAAGUUUCAGAACAAGGAUUAUGCUGGUGCUCUUGAGCAGUAUGAUAAUGCUCUUCGCUUAACUCCAAAAAGCCACCCCGACCGUGCUGUGUUUCACAGCAAUAGGGCUGCUUGCUUGAUGCAAAUGAAGCCAAUAGAGUAUGAUACUGUUAUUGCUGAGUGUACCCUGGCACUUCAGGUCCAACCCGGGUUUGUUCGAGCUCUGCUCAGAAGAGCUCGUGCUCUUGAGGCAAUGGGGAAGUAUGAAAUGGCAAUGCAAGAUGUUCAAGUGUUGUUGGGAGGUGACCCAAAUCACAAGGAUGCUUUGGAUAUUGCUCGGCGCUUGAAGACUGCAUUGGGUCCUCACCAGGAGGCACAGCAAGACCUGCAGAGCCGCCCAUCCCCUGCAGCACUUGGGGCCUCUGCAGUUCGUGGUGCCCCAAUUGCUGGGCUUGGGCCUUGUUUGCCAGCACGGCCAGUUCCAAGGAAGACAGCUACUUCUCUAGGGGGAUUGACUGUAUCGUCUGUUAAUAAGGCGGAGAAGGCCCAAAUAAAUGCAGCAACUGAAAAUGGUUCUGAGACCAAAUCCCAGUUUCCAAAAGUAGUGUUGAAGCCUUCGAAUGGUUCUUUAAAAGCCGCAGCCAAUCCAAGCAAGGAUGGCCUGGGAGACCACCCUAUAUCUGCAUCGGUAGCAGGUCGUGUGCAUUCUUUGGAGAUGGCAAUUCGAUGGAGGCCAUUGAAGCUUGUUUAUGAUCAUGACAUAAGGCUGGCCCAAAUGCCUGUCAAUUGUGCUUUUAAAGUGUUAAGGGAGAUAGUGAGCCAGCGUUUUCCAUCGUCAAAGUCAGUUUUGAUAAAAUAUAAAGAUAAUGAUGGUGAUUUGGUGACGAUAACCUCUACUGCUGAACUCCGAUUGGCUGAGUCUUCUGCUGACAGGCUCCUUACAAAAGAACCUGAUACAGACAAAGCUGAUUCAGUUGGGAUGUUAAGAUUGCAUAUUGUUGAUGUAAGUCCAGAACAGGAGCCACCUUUAUUGGAAGAAGAGGAAGAGAAACCUCUAGAAAGCGAGGAAACCAAGGGGGAUGAAAGUGUCUCUCAUUCAUCACUUAGUGAAUCUUUGGUUGAGGCUCCUGAGACUGAAAUUGAUAAGAUAGAGAAAGAAGUCCCAAAAGAGAAAGCAGGAGCUUCAGAAGAUCCAGAGAGCAAGGAGGUGGAGAUGGAUGAUUGGUUGUUUGAAUUUGCUCAGCUCUUCCGGUCUCAUGUUGGUAUUGACCCCGAUGCUCAUGUUGAUUUGCAUGAACUUGGGAUGGAGCUCUGCUCAGAAGCUCUUGAGGAGACUGUAACAAGUGAAGAAGCCCAAGGCCUCUUUGACAAGGCUGCAUCAAAGUUCCAGGAGGUAGCAGCUUUGGCUUUCUUCAAUUGGGGCAAUGUCCAUAUGUGUGCAGCAAGAAAACGGAUACCUUUGGAUGAAUCUGCUGGAAACGAAUUAGUGGCCGCACAGCUUCAAACAGCAUAUGAGUGGGUUAAGGGGAAAUAUUCUUUGGCUAAGGAAAAAUAUGAGGAAGCACUCUCGAUCAAGCCAGACUUCUAUGAAGGGUUGUUGGCACUGGGGCAGCAACAGUUUGAAAUGGCAAAGCUUCAUUGGUCAUUUGCACUUGCUAGGAAAAUAGAUUUCUCUGGAUGGAAUUCUACAGAAACACUUCAGCUUUUUGAUAGUGCAGAGGAGAAAAUGAAAGCUGCAACUGAGAUGUGGGAGAAGCUGGAGGAACAGAGAGCUAAUGAGUUGAAAGAUCCAAUUUUAGCCAAGAGGGAAGAAUUGUUGAAAAGGAGAAAGAAGCAAGGAAGUGGUACUGACGGUGAGCCUUUGGGAACCACUGGUCAUGUUGAACUUUCUGCCGAGGAAGCAGCAGAACAAGCAGCUCUGAUGAGAUCACAGAUUCAUCUCUUUUGGGGUAACAUGCUCUUUGAGCGAUCUCAAGUUGAAUGCAAAUUAGGGUUUCGUGGUUGGGAGAAGAACCUUGAUGCUGCAGUUGAGCGAUUUACGCUUGCUGGGGCUUCUGAAGGCGACAUUUCAAUGGUUUUGAAGAACCAUUGCUCCAAGGGAGAUGCAGCAGAAAGGGAAGGGACAAAAGUUCAGGAGCUAAAUAUUGAUGUGCUUGGUGAAGCAGAUGAGAAUAAUGAACUGAGUAAAGUGUGAGAGAGGAGGAUUUGCAGUCCAGGUUGGCUUUGAUGAAUUGCAUUUGCAUUCCACCUCAAUAAGUUUUUUUUGGAGGUGAGAAAUUUUUCUUUAGAAUCGAUAACUCGUGGUGGCAACAAGGUACUCAAUAAUUUUGCUUGUAUGCCAUGGUAACUCUGGAGGUUACUAUUUUCGAACAUUGUUUGCAUACUGAUGAUUUAAUUUUAAACAAAUUUAUCCACUUCAAAUCUGAUAUUUAGUAUUUCUUCUCCAUCUUAAUUGUUUGGUUUGUAAAUGCACCCUCGAUCUUUAUGAGGCAUGCUGAUUUUGUUUUCCUUUUUUUAUUGUUAUUUCAGAAUUCUGAUAUAACAUGUACUCUCACUUCAUAAAACAUGCUCUCUUUGAACUCGUGGCUGUGACUAUAUAAACUUUGGAAAAAGAGGUUAACGAUCGAGACAA